ACUCAGUCAUUGAGAUACACUUAGUUAAAAAUUUGAAUGCAGUUGAAUACAAUUUAGGGACAUUUUCUUGCCACUCACCAAAGAUCCUUCACAAGAGGGCACCAUAGAGCAACAGGCAGAAAAGUGUUCAGGAUUCACACUAGAGCAUGUAUAGAGUUUAAUCCACAAAAACUGUAAUAAAUAUCCCUCAGUUAUAUAAAAACACAGGCCUAGAUAUUUGAAACCUUAUACCUAUAUGACCCAGAUUCAUGUACUCGUUCAUCACCAUGAAUCCAGAGCCAAUCCUGGGAUCAGUGAGCAUGAUGUGGGAAAAAAUUUAGAUGCCCACAAUAUCGAAGGGCACCACACACAUUCACACAUUCCUACAUGGCAUUUGGCAGUGGCAGCUUAGCAAUACUGGGGAUUUGAACUCACAACCUUCCAACACGGGCAAUUACACUAUUCUGGGGGUUUGGAGGUAAUCAAACAACUCAGAGGAAACCCACAUAGACACAUGUCGAACAUGUGAAACCCUACUCUGUCAGUAUCCAGAGCGUGUGACUGUGACUCCCCUCCCCAACACAUAACUAAAUAAUUAACUAAACUCUGCAAACAGAUGUCUGAUGUAUAAUUAUGUUACUGGCCCACUAUUUUCAGGAAUUUGUUUGCUGUCAUUAGAAAGAGACCCACAGAGAGCAGACUGUCCAAGCACUUUUGUGUGCGCAUGUGCAUCCACUGAAACUGGUUUUACAUCUCUCUCUCACUCCACCCAAAUCCCAGGAUUUAAAAGCCCACUCAGGUCAAGCUUGCUGCACUUCCACAGCAUCUCUUACAGCAUCCUCAGCUUGGUUCCAUCUGUCCAUUAUUUCUUCACCAUGAGUUUGAGGAGCAAGAGGAUCAGUUCAAGCAGCUCUGUAAGGAGCAGUGGGAAGCUUGGUGGCUAUAGCACUGGGUUUAGCACAAUGUCCCUUGGAGUUUUGUCACCCAGCUUCAGCACCAGCAGCACCUACUUGGGUGCCCCCAUAGCCAGCAUCUCGGUCAACAAAAGCCUGCUGGCCCCUCUCAACCUGGAGAUCGACCCCAACCUCCAGAUGGUGCGCACUCAGGAAAAAGAGCAGAUGAAAUCUCUUAACAACCGCUUUGCCUCAUUCAUCGACAAGGUGAGGUUCCUGGAGCAGCAGAACAAGAUGCUGGAGACCAAGUGGGAUGUUUUACAGGGUCAGACCCCAGGCAGGUCUAACAUUGAGCCCAUGUUUGAGGCUUAUAUGGCCAAUCUGCGCAGACAGCUUGAUGUGGUCAACAAUGACAAAAUCAAGCUGGAUGGAGAGCUGAGAAACAUGCAGGGGCUGGUGGAAGACUUCAAGCACAAGUACGAGGACGAGAUCAACAAGAGAAACAACCUAGAGAAUGACUUUGUGAUUCUGAAAAAGGAUGUAGACUCUGCAUACCUGGUGAAAGCUGAUCUGGAAGACAAAGUGGGAGCUCUGACUGAUGAGAUCAACUUCCUAAAGACUAUUUACGAUGAGGAACUGCGUGAGAUGCAGUACAGCAUCAAGGACACCUCUGUCAUAGUGCAGAUGGACAACUCCCGCAACCUCAACAUGGACCAGAUUGUGGCUGAAGUCAAGGCCCAAUAUGAGGAGAUUGCAGCCAAAAGCCGUGAGGAAGCUGAGGCCUGGUACAAGUCUAAGUAUGACCAGAUGGCCAGCCAGGCGACCCAGUAUGGGAACGAGCUGAGGAACACCAAGGCUGAGAUCGCUGAGCUCAACCGCAUGAUCAGCCGCUUGCAAAGCGAAAUCGAGUCCAUCAAGGCCCAGCGCACUAACAUGGAGAACCAGGUCGCCGAGGCAGAGGAGCGUGGUGAGCUGACUGUGAAGGAGGCCAAAGCUCGCAUCAGAGACCUGGAGGAGGCGCUGCAGAGAGCCAAACAGGACAUGGCACGCCAGCUGCGGGAGUACCAGGAGCUCAUGAAUGUCAAGCUGGCACUGGACAUCGAGAUUGCCACUUACAGGAAGCUUCUGGAGGGAGAGGAGGACAGAAUUGGACAGCAGUCUGUUGUCAACAUUCAAUCCAUGCCCAGUUACAGCUCCAAAGGAAUGAACGGCUACCAGCAGUACAGCUCUCCAUCUCCUAAACUACUGAUCAAAACCACGGAGAUUAGAGACAACACCAGAUUCAGUACACACUGAAGUAUCAGUAUAAACUACACUAUCAAAUAGCUUAACAAAACUGGUGCAAAACUAACCGUAGGUUUAUUAUACGUUAGACUUAUAAAAGAAACUACAUCUAUAUGCGUUUUCCAUAUUAAUAAAGGUGUCGUAAACCUGAUAUAAUAAAUACUCUAGCAAUUAAAAGAGGUGGGAAAAGUCAAAUAGUGAAAUGCAUUGUUUAUUGGUUUUUGAGUAUUAUUUUCUUUAUUUUUUAUUGAUUUCUUUCUCACUGAAUCAGAAUGUUUAAUUAAGAUUUUAUUUACAAAAUCACAUCUCAGUUAACUAAGCAUUUGGUAAUGUUGCUAUUUUAGUGGAUUAUAAUGAACCUGUAAAAGUUGACAUUAAAGGAACAGUUAGCUCAAUAAGCUACAAUGUUUUUGUCAUUGUGUAUUUGAGCUAAAAUUGUACGUAGACGCACGCACACACACGCACACACACGCACA